CUCUUGUCCAAAACUCCCGGCUUCUUUAGUUUCCUCCCCGUUCAGAGGCCUCACUUUCCCGCCGUCGUCGUCGGGUUGUGUUUUGACCAGACUUUACAUUGUCUUUCUUAUCGAGUUUGCAAAGGCUACCAGCUACUGUUCCCGAUGGAAUAGGCUAAUCAUCAAACCCGUAAAGCAAACAAGUAUCUCUCCAUUUUUCUUCAUUCACUUUUGGAUCGCCCUUAAACAAACUCGAUUAAACAAAGGUUCCACGCUGUUAUUCAAGUUAAACCAUCCAAUCAACACAAAGUACAAGACCCUUACGAUCCAUCAACCGCCGUUUGCUAUCAAUCAUUCUACGCGUCUCUCGAAGCCGAGCUUUCCAACUUUUACUGCUCAGGCUACAUCAGUGAAGUUCCAAUUCCAACUCAGCACUCAACCUUGCUUAUUAGAAAUUAUUCCUGUAGUCACAGACGAGAUUGCCAGAUACCGACUUCUGCUUCCUACACUGCCCGUGUAAACUUUCUCGCCCUUGGUUUGACGCCAAAGAACAGAUGCCGUCAUGUCAGAUCAGGGAUCCUCGUCAAAGGAGGUCAAUGAAUUCUCAUCGGCCGUGCCUACAUCUUUGGAGCUGCACAGCGUAGAGCGCGGCGAAGAGGUGGAUACAUCGUCAAGAUAUCAACUAAUAAUCAUACAGCAGCCACAGCGGGGGAGAUCCUGUGGUUUCGGAGAGAAAAUAAAUAGGCGACCCAUUGACCCGUGCUGCAUAGUCCAGCUAGCAUAUCUUAGGGAUGACAAUGAAUUGGAUUCGAGAUUGGAAGUACUUAAAGAUGUCACCAUGUUUGUGGCCCACGCAACCUUGUGGGACGAAACCGGAAUCCAAGACCGCAACAUUGUCAUCCAUCCCCAUUCACAACAUCUACCCAUCCCGUCUUCACAGUUUGUCUCAAUCGGCGGAGAAGACCUACCUGUCCCCUACGGCCAAUCACCUGCUGAUUCCAAACCUUACGUUGGAACGCUUUUUGGCUCCCUUGUGAGUCAGUGUCAUUUUCUAACGGAUCUCAGCGGUACGAAGGGAGCGUAUUUCGUAUUCCCAGAGCUCUGCAUCAGAGUUGAAGGGACCUUCAAGUUGAAGAUUAUAUUGAGUAACUUGGCGAGCAUCAAGAGUCGAGGUGUAGCCACAGUCAUGGCGACGGUCUUCUCGGAUGCCUUCAUCUCAUACAACGCAAGGUUUUUCCCUGGAUUACAAGAGACAUCGGAUCUAUCAAGGCACUUUUCACAUCAAGGGAUAAAGAUUCCGGUCCGUCGCAAAACAAGAAGGAGACGCUUAUCCUCUGCUGCAACAAGUGAAGCUGGUGGAGAAGAUGAAGAAGAACUCGAAGAGGAGAAGGGCUAGUGUCAGAUAUGGAGAUUAUGGGGGCGAUAUUGGGCAGGAGAACGAAACUUUCAAGCGGAGUUUGCACAUGCAUUAAUAUGGGGAGCUGAUUUAGACUGCGGGAUGUAUGCUUUUACCUCUGCUGCUUUUUAACCUAUCGCGACCUCGCAAUCACUUGUUCGUUGUUGUUGUGGGACCCUUUUGUAGAGAUUCGUGCACGGCGUAUUUAUAGAGUAAUCAAUGUAGAGCAAAAUUCGGCGUGGUCUCGAGCAACUGUGCUUUGAGAUUGUCAUUAUAUAGAAAACACUUUUAUUUUUUUAUUCCUCUCCUC